UUCUACUAUAGAUCUGAAUUUCAGUCUCGUUUUUGCCGCGUCGCUCUAAAGUCGGUCGAGCGGCUGUUUUGUAUUUAAUUUUUAUUUUUGAAGUAUAUUCAGAAACGCCGGCUAGUUGAAGCACAUGUCUUGAAUUAUCUCAACUGCAAGCCGGUGCACGCGCAAAUCGGUGCGUGGGACAAGGAUAGCAUCAAUCACGUGUGGAUUUACCCACAUAUAAACCAAAUAAAAACACAGCACACAAAAAUAUUGAAAGCGAAAAAAAAUCUCGUAAUUUGGAUCCUAGCAACGACGCUCGGCAUUCAUAAUUUCUCGUCGGGACUAGGCAGGACGUUUUUGUGCCGGCUUUUUUAAAUGUUUAUUUUCCGGGAACACGUGGAUUUUUAUAGAUAUUUUGGCGAUAUCGCUGGACAGUUGCCUUACGUGUUGUGACAUUAGUGUUACCUGUAUUUAAUGUGAUAUUUAGUGACAUUUUAAAUAGGAACAAACUGUGAUUUAUUAUGGUGAUAAAGUUGGUGUUUUGAAGAUUUUUUGAUAAAAAUAAGAGUUAAACGGAAGAUCUCGAUAUAUUCCAUGACAAACAAACGUACCAGGAUUUUGUGACAGAUUAUAUUUAUAAGAUAGUGCCAAAUACAUAGAUACUGAAAUUUAAAGUACUUAGAUAGAAAUAAAAAGCCAAAAAGAUGAUGGAAGGAAGGACAAUCGACUACAGGACUGAUGGCGGACUGGACUAUCAUAACUCGCCUCUAAUGGCGGAAAUUCCUGUAGAUAAUUAUUCCCAUAUCCAUAGAAGUAUAGAACACCUGAGAUCUAUAGGCGUGCCUCCACCUCUAGACACGCACAGACAUUUAGCAGCGAACCUAACAGACUUAAGAAGAUACGAACAUCCCGAUGACAUGCCAGAAAUUAAACCGUCCGUUUUAAGAUUAUCCGAAUUCAAAAAUGGUCUUCAAGACUUAAGAGGUCAUAACGACCAGGAGAAUGACAUCCAGCGACACAUGACACCGCACGACGAGGGACAGAAAGGGUACAGUGCUCCAUCAACACCGCUAUCAGAAAAUGGGGGUCAGAGUCUUCAAGAAGAGAAGGUGUUCGGCUCAAAGGCGGACCUGCAGCUCCACACGCAAAUACAUCUCCGUGAGGCAAAGCCUUACCGCUGCACCCAGUGUCCUAAAGCUUUCGCUAACUCCUCAUACCUUGCGCAGCAUUCGCGUAUCCAUCUGGGUAUUAAACCAUACAGAUGCGAAAUAUGUCAACGUAAGUUUACUCAGCUCUCUCACCUACAACAACAUAUUCGCACCCACACUGGCGAUAAGCCCUACAGGUGCACUCAAAUUGGAUGCACCAAAGCGUUUUCUCAGCUCUCGAAUUUACAAAGCCACAGCCGUUGCCACCAAACAGAUAAGCCUUUCAAAUGUAACUCGUGUUACAAAUGCUUCACCCAUGAGAAGGACCUUCUCGAACACAUUCCUAAGCACAAAGAGUCUAAACAUCUCAAGACACAUAUUUGCCAGUAUUGCGGAAAGAGUUACACGCAAGAAACUUACUUAAGUAAGCACAUGAACAAACAUGCCGAAAGGGCUGAUAAGCGGCCGCCUAUAUCUGCUUUGGGUCUGAGCGGGCUCAAUAGAUCCCUAGCAGCGGCUGCACCGACAGCGGCUCCAUUCGCUGAUCAUCCAUACUGGCCGAAAGUAAGCCCAGAUUCAGCGGCACACAUGUCUGAUGAAGGUGGUUAUCAUCAGCAAAGAGAAGCGGAGGAGCACCAUGAGCAUCAACUGCAGCAGCAGAGAGCUUUGUUCGCUCAACACGAGAGCCAAGACGAUCGUAUUCAACCUCCUGUCUCUUCUGCAGCUAAUUCUGCGUUUACCCCGAUUAACUCUAUGGCCCCGCAUUUGAAUGGAUUGUCUCAUCAUAGCGCUUUGCAGACACGACCUUACUUAUACGACCCCCUUCAUUUCCAGCAGGGCAAACAACAGCCCAAUUCAUUCCCUAACCAAUUGAUAUCUCUACACCAGAUCAGAAAUUACGCACAUCAACCUUCUCUCUUGCCAGCGGAACACAUUCUUCCUCACGCCCUCUCUCACAAAGAUAAACAGUAGAUCUUGCCGAUUUCUUAGUAGGUACUAUUUAAUACUUAUGACGGUAUUAUUAGAGAUAAACAAAAUCUUAUUUAAAGUAUUUAGAAUCACGCUCUCCAUGACAGUGGUAUUAUGUAUAAAAUACGGAAAUGUGUUGUUAGUGAGGCGGAAUUCAGUUUUAGACUUAUAUCGAUAUUGUAUAAAUACUCUGGAAUUUGUGUAGAUAACACGGUUAUGGGAUUCGAUUUCGUCAUUUGAAUCAGUUUUGUUGAUGUUUAAUGAUUAGUUCUCGUCAAAGCACAGAUCUAUACAGAGUCUAUGGUUGUACUUAGUUAUGUUGUAAGUAAUUUGAAGAAAAGGGGAAACGGCUAGGGUGCUUCUUUAUUAAGUUUUUUGUCGAUUUAUAAAUAUUAAAUAUCAGUGACCAAAGUCUAUAUUAUCAACAAAUUCACUUCAAAAAGCAAAAUUUAAGAAGCACUUUAGAAUGCACUGAUGCUUAAAGGAAAACUAAUCUUUAACAAAAGUAGAUCAGCAACCACAUACAAAAGUAUAUUAUAAUAGAAUCAAAUUAAUAUAAAUGCAUAAUAAAAUUGCUUCAAGAGCAUAAUAAUAUUCUUGUCUCUAGGUGUCCUGUGAAUUAUAAUCACAUUUUGUCCUGUAGUAUUACGAUUCGUACUGAUUAUUAUUAUACAAAUUUUAUUUUAUUGUGUACAAUAGAAAUCUAAUGCACAAUUCUGGUUCUAUAUUAAGAACGUUUAAUGUUAUCAACAAAAUCGCAGAGUUCCUGUAACAAUAGGUAAUGGUAUCGAGUAUCUUAUAGACCUAACUGGGGCGUUAUUGCAUUUUCUGGCUCUCAUGCCGUACAGAUCUCUAGACAUCACUUCUGCACUCAGUUCCUACUAUGAUCGAUCAUAAUCUUAUUUAGCUUUAUUUUUCUUCUUUCGCACUAUAGUUUACUUAAGAAAAUGUAUUCUUCCUUCAAAUCGUACUGUAUUUUAUGUAUCCGUAGAAAUUAAAGAUUUUAUUAAAUUUAAUACAGAAUAAUUUUUGUCAUAAUGUCACAGUCAAGCUCACUUGACAAGGAUUUUUUUUAUAUUCUCUUUAAUUUAAAUGAAUUUACAGAUAGUUGAAUUUAUUGAAGCCUGAAUACAUUUUCUAAUUGCGUUGAUAUGUGAUCUGACAGGUUGCCAAAAAAUUUGAUUUUUCACCUUUGAAACCGCAAUUUGUAUAUAUUUUGUAAAUACGAGGUAAUUUUUUGAAGAGACUUAACAUUUUGACACUUUUAAGUCUAAAAUGCUUAUGCUCAAUUAUAUUAGACGAUAUAUUAAGAUCAAUGAUUUGUAUAUUACUUCAGUGUCAUUAACUUUUGGUUUUGACAUGAUUGUAUUUGUUCAAAUUGUUUAGUUUUCGUACUUAAUGUUGGUAUCUUUCAGUUGAUAAUUCGACACUGUCCAUUAGACAAGGUAUUGAGAUACGUUGUCUAAUAUUCGAGGUUCAUGUUUUAGAUUAAUUUCACGUAUACGAGGAAAUUGUUGAUUGUUUUUGAAUUGUGAAUCAAGUAGUAGGUAAAGAAAAUGUGAUAGGAAAUGUGAAGGUUGAGGAGUAUUUUUGAAAAUCGUCUAAUUGGUUUGCUAUUUUAGAUUAGGUUGUGGUUUUUUGUGAUCAGGCUUAUUCCUUGGGAAUCUUGCGCUGUCGAUGUCACAAAUUUAGCCAAAUGCUAAUGUUAAGUUCUUGUACAAAUUUUUAUUGUUAACUGCAGCAAUAUGUUUCUUCCGAAUUGUUAUAAGUAAGUGCAGCACUCCUUGUGUAUAGAAGUACAUGACAUUAAACCAAGAGUUAUAUCAAUUUUUUUUGUUUUUAUAAUCGGUUUAAGGGAAACAUCGCCAAUAUCUCUCUAUUGUAAGUAGAAAUGUGAUAUUGUAUUUGAUUUUUUUAGUUAAGUGUAAACUUAUUAUUAUUAAUUACAUAUUUUUGUAAGUUCGUUUAUGAUAGAAAUUCGCUUUGUCUAGCGUUCCCGUUUAAGAUUAUAGAUGAAAGUGGACGAAAUUUUUUGUUACUUAAAAUCAAAUAAAAAUUAAAUACAAUUAUGCCAAGAU